CGCGGCGGCGGCACGUGGCGGGGCGCGGCGCCGCCCGGUUCCGCUCCUGCCCCGCGGGGGCCGCGCCGGUACCGGGCGUGCGGCCGCCGCCUGCGCCGGGGACUGGCAACGAAAAAUCCUGUGUCAGGAUCCUAUUGAGUAAGGUGCCUUGGCAUCCAGCGUGUUAGCUGAAUGAAUCCCUGCCAGACUUGGUCAUGCGACAGCACUCCGGCUUCCCGAUAAAGUGAGUUAACCGACUGCUUGCCUAAGGAGCCACUAUAGGAACUGCUGACCCUCCCUGCCUGGAGCUAAUCUGCGACCUUGCUGAUUGAGAUAAUCCAGGCUCUACCGACACGAGCAAGCGACAAGAACUGUGGAAUUCCAGUAAAACACUGCAUGCCCUUGACCUGUUGUUAGUACAUCUGCUUUGCUCCUGCUGAAGACAUCAAUGGCUGAAGUCCUGUGUACAGAGGACGUGUAACUUGUGUCCUGGUGUUGCAGAAUCAACAUCAAGCAUCAGGAACGUGCUCCUCUUUGUGGGAAGGUCUGGUUCCCUGUGAGGUGCAGGGAGAUGUUUACCUACCAACCUUUUCUCAGAAGUUACUUCUUGGAACAAAAAGAUUCUAUUUCAGGUAUGUUGCAGUGGAUCUGAAGGUGAUACAAGAAAGCAUUCUACUGUGCUACAGGCUCCUCGAAAGAGAAGCCUCCUGGCAAGGCAACCCUGAAGAUGUGGACUGCCGUUGUAUUCUUCCUGCUGUUUUCCUUCUGUAUAUGUGAGAACCGAUUUCCUGUCCUGAAAGGAAGAGGAGUCCAUAUAGUGCAGAUAAACAGGCUGACAACUGAAAGGCAAUGCAGGCAGGCUUGUAAAGGCUCAGCUGCUUCAGGUAACCAUCACUGCAACUGGUCUGUGCCCUACCAGAAUCACUGCAUCCUGUUGCAGUGCCACCAGCUAAGUGUGUGCCAAAAUGCUGAAGACCAAGAAAUCAAAGAUCUGCUUGGAGAAAUCAUCUUUGGGGAAAGGGAAACAGUCCAGUUUCACCCCCAAAGCUAUGCACAGAAAACAAAGAGGAUGGUGAAGGCACAGAUUGAACAAUACAACAGAGAGAACCAAUUUUCCUCCACCGCUCAGGCUCACAAGGUUUACUUGAGGCAGUUGGCUGCGACUGCAGGUUAUCCUGAAGCAUCAAACACAGAAAGACCUGCAAGCAGCGUUACUACCACCACCACAACUGUCAGUGCUACCACAGUUGUAACAACAGCGGGUACAAGUGCAACAACUGUCCCUGGGGAAGCUAAUAAAACUACCAAAGCCUCAAAUACUUCGGGAGUGAACCUUCUUACCACCAUGUCCACCACUGUCCCUUCUCCCACUCCUGCUAAGGACACUGCUUCCACUUCCAGGAGUAUCAGCAAGCUCCUGACCACCACUGAAAAAUUAGGAAAUAAUAGCUUUAGCUCAGUAUCAGCCUCCUCUUCUACUCCCAUCACUGCCACUGCUGGAGCAGAUACUCAAACGAAUCGCACCAAGCAGUUUAGCACAGCCACCAACAUGAUCAGUGCUCCCCACCCCAGUAGCCUCAAUACUGUUGGAACUACCCUGAAAACACCGAGCACAACAUCAACCACGCUCACCAGACAGGAUGCAGUGACAUCUUCCACUGCUUCUACUCGUGCUGCUACGUUCAGCCCCUCGGUGAGUCCACAUUCUGCGAAUUCAACAUUCUCCAUGUUGCCAGAAACAAAUAGAGCUCCAACAUCCUCGAGUGAAUCAACCUCUUCUCAGGGUCCUACGAGAGGUGCCAUGGGUUUACCUAGUGGCCCUACAGCAGAAGCUACAACUGGGCAUGAAAUAAAGUCAGUAUCUCUUACUCCUUCAAUUAAACAUACAACCACCACUUCAGCAAACACACCUGGAACAACAACUUCAAACAUUGCAGAGACUCAGGACACAAAUAAUGACUAUCUUCUCAUUGCUGCGGAGCCUCUGACUCAGUACUUAGUGGAUAAAAGUUCGCUUCUUGCAGUGCUUUUAUUUGGUACAGUUUUUUUCAUAACUGUCAUAGUCCUUUUCCUUAUGCAGGCUUAUGAAAGUUACAAAAAGAAGGAUUAUACACAAGUGGAUUACUUGAUCAAUGGCAUGUAUGUGGACUCAGAGAUGUGAAAGGGUAGGGAUAAAGCAAUAGGCAGAAGAGAUUGAAAGGCCUACCUGGCUUGUUUUUCUUUCCCAAUUGCCUAUAACAGAAACUGAAAGUGCUUCCAAAUUUAAUUCUGGUGCAAUUUAGGAGAAAUGCCAUGUACUGUAUUAAGAAAAAUAUAUAUUUUUUAUUCAACUGCAACAAGUUGCUGUAAAAAAUAGUCAUUUUUAAAACCUUUCCAUAAUGUACUAUAGCUUUGAUCAUUAUUUUUCAUUGUAAAUUACCUAUCUUACCUAUCAAGGGGUAAGCCAUCAUCCUCUGAAAAUGAUGUGGCACUUUUUCAACUGUUUACAUUGCAAAUUUAUCAUGUUUCAUUAUUUUCAUGUGUGUUCCUUUUUGAAAACAAAACAGAGGAUGCUCUCACCUUUUACAAAAUACUCUGAAAUCACUCGAUGAGAAGUGUGAAGUAUUGCUACAAUGGGGAACUUUUAAUCUAAUGUGUGUUGUAUUUCGGUACGCUUCUAGCUUGUAAAAAGAGGUCUGUUUACAAGGCAUUGUAAACACUGUUUACUGCUAAUCCAAGAUACUUUUUUCACUAGGGAGCAGAUUACUGUGCAUCUUCAUUUACAUGAUCUUAUUUUUGUAUUCACUCAAUAAAUGGAGCCCUGAAAAGGGCAUAUCUUAUUGCA